AUGACAAGAGUCUUGGCCGGACCAUACUGCACUCAGAUACUGGGCGAUCUCGGUGCCGAAGUCAUCAAGAUCGAGCAUCCUACGAGGGGCGAUGACACGCGCGCCUGGGGCCCUCCGUACGCAACUUACAAGGCGGACUCUGGCAAGCAAGGCCCCGGCGAAUCUGCCUACUUUCUCGCCGUCAACCGCAACAAAAAGUCGCUAGGCCUCAACUUCCAACACCCAGACGGCAUCGCCAUCCUGCACCAGCUCGUCGCCAAGUGCGACAUCCUCGUCGAGAACUACCUCCCCGGCACGCUCGCCAAGUACCAGCUCGACUACGCCACGCUGCGCGCCAUCAACCCUGGGCUUAUUUAUGCCUCCAUCACGGGGUACGGCCAGACGGGGCCGUACUCGGACCGCGCGGGCUACGACGUCAUGGUGGAGGCGGAGUUCGGGCUGAUGCACAUCACCGGCAGCCGCGGCGGGGAGCCGGUCAAGGUGGGUGUCGCGGUGACGGACCUGACGACGGGGCUGUACACGAGCAAUAGCAUCAUGGCGGCGCUGCUGGCGAGGGGGAGGACGGGACGGGGACAGCAUAUUGAUGUGGCGCUGAGUGAUUGCCAGACGGCGACGUUGGCGAAUAUUGCGAGUAGUUGUUUGGUUAGUGGGGAGAAGGACUCGGGACGGUGGGGGACUGCGCAUCCAUCGAUCGUGCCGUACAAGUCCUUCAAGACCAAGGACGGCGACAUCCUCUUCGGCGGCGGCAAUGACCGGCUCUACGGCAUCCUCUGCCAGGGCCUCGGGCGGCCCGAGUGGGCGGACGACGCGAAAUACAAGACCAACGCGCAGCGCGUGGCCAACCGUGUCGAGCUCGAGGGCAAGAUCGAGGCCGUGACGGUGACCAAGACGACGGCGGAGUGGCUCGCGGUGUUCGAGGGCAAGGGAAUGCCGUACGCGGCGGUCAACGACGUGCAGGGCACGCUGGAGCAUGCGCAUACCAAGGCGCGGAACAUGGUGGUCGAGAUGGAGCACGGGGCGUGCGGGCCGGUGAGGAUGGUGAACACGCCGGUGAAGUACUCGGAGAGCGAGCCGGGGGUGCGGACGGCGCCGCCGACGCUGGGGCAGCAUACGGCUGAGGUGCUGGGGGAGCAUUUGGGGUUGUCGGAGGAGAGGAUUGGGGAGUUGAAGGGGGGUGGUGUUGUUGGGUAG